AUGUCAGCCAGAAAGGGCUACCUUCUCUCUUCGCCAAAAUACACCACAAUAAUGUCAUGUUCGGACAGCCCGUCAGGAAAUGCGUUUCUAGUGGAUUCUCUGAUCAGUGGCCGCAACGAGAGCGGCGGAGGUCACUACACCGGGAGCGCAUUGUGCGUGCCUCACAGCACUGCUACAGAAGUGCCUUACGGACUACACAACUAUGGAUACUUCCCAGGUAUGGGUAAGCGGAGCGAGGUGGGUCCACAAAACGUGGUUUCCGCCUCGGGCACCUACAUGUCCACCAUGGAAAUGUGGAUGGACGCACAGAGGUCAUGUCGGAUGGACCAAGAUCACCCGGUAGGUCCUCAGGUCGCGCCCUGCUCGUUCCCGCAAAAUAUAAAGGAAGAGAGCACCUACUGCCUGUACGAGCAGGCGAAGUGUCCUAAAGCCUCCACCGCUGAAGAUCUCACAUAUUCAAGGUUAACUGGAGCCGGCCAAGGGUCGAGUUCUUGUACAGUUACCGAUGGCGGCGGCGGGGGCUCAGUGCCUGUGCCGGGCUACUUCCGCUUGUCUCAGACGCACGCACAUUCUCAUAAACUUUACAACUCCAGCGGCCCCCAGUCGAACCCUUCCCAUUCCCAUUUUGGCCUACACCCCACUGCUCCAGCUCGCUUCCACACGCCUCCAACCUCGACUUCUGCUCCAGCCACGGCACAGGAGGGGAGGAACACCGAGGGGCCCGUGUCCUCGGGAAACGCAGACCUGCAGCCUCACGCUGCGACGGGGACCGAGGAGACACGCGACUCCUCGGAUGGAGACGCCUCGUCAGCUGAAGAAACAGAGGAGAACGACAAAGAGAGAGCAGUACAGUCUAAUAAAGGAGACACAAAAAGUGAAAGCACGGCCAACUGGCUGACAGCAAAAAGCGGCCGUAAGAAACGUUGUCCAUACACCAAGCACCAGACACUAGAGCUGGAGAAGGAGUUCCUCUUCAACAUGUACCUGACCCGAGAGCGCCGCCUAGAGAUCAGUAAAAGCGUCCACCUGACGGACAGACAGGUCAAAAUCUGGUUCCAGAACCGCAGGAUGAAGCUGAAGAAAAUGACGAGGGAAAACAGGAUCCGGGAACUCACCUCCAACUAUGGAUUUUCGUGA